AUGGAAAAGAUUUACAAGGCCGACCCAAAUUUAGUGGUGAAGCCCGCCUACUACUCCGAUGGGGUUCCGGUCUUCGAGCCCACUAUGGAGGAGUUCAAAGACUUCUACAAGUACAAUAAAGCGAUUAACCCAUAUGGUAUGCAAUCUGGUAUUGUGAAGGUUGUUCCGCCGCCAGAAUGGACCUCUCUGCUAAGGGGCACCUACACGGAAGAAAACCUACUGCAAAUUAAAAUAAGAAACCCCAUCGUGCAAAACAUCAAUGUCACUGCUGGGUAUCCUGGAGUAUUCUCACUGCAGAACGUUGAGCGUCAGAGAAGCUAUAACAUAUAUCAGUGGAAAGAAUUACUGAAAAAAUCCAGCCAAUGCCCUCCACUACGGAAAAAGAGUCGGGGUAGAGGUAGCAAUCUGCCAUCGUCAAGUACAAACGAGGAAAUCAAUGGUGUGAAUGAGACGAAGACCGAUUGCAAAUCGACGAGGACAAUCGCCGAUGAGCUUCUUGAUGCUGACUUCAAUAUAGAUGUAAGCGAGUUCACUCCAGAGAGAUGCAAGGAACUAGAGUCUGUGUACUGGAAAUCGGUGGGCUAUUCUGAGCCAAUGUAUGGUGCUGACAUGUUAGGCUCACUAUUCCUCAAAAGAACUACCAGCUGGAAUGUCGCUCAUCUUCCUAAUGUGCUAGAUUUGAUGGAAGAAACCAUUCCGGGUGUCAAUGAUGCUUACCUAUACGCGGGGCUCUGGAAAGCCACCUUCUCUUGGCAUUUAGAAGACCAGGACCUUUACUCAAUCAACUAUCUCCAUUUUGGCGCCCCGAAGCAGUGGUACUCGAUUCCGCAAAACCAACAUCGGAAAUUUUACAACCUUAUGAAGGACAUUUUCAAUGAGGAUUACAAGAACUGUCAUGAGUUUCUUAGACACAAGACUUUCAUGGCAUCUCCCCAAUUCUUACGAAAAAACGGUAUCCAGUGCAACAGUAUAGUACAUCACCAAGGAGAGUUCAUGAUCACUUUUCCAUACGGAUACCACUCUGGGUUCAACCUUGGUUACAAUCUAGCUGAGUCUGUCAAUUUUGCGCUAGAUGACUGGUUCCCGUUUGCAGAGAAGACCCACAAGUGUGAAUGUAUUUCUGACUCUGUCGGAAUCAAUCACAAGCAAAUCUACUGCAAGUUCAAAGGUAUUCCUUACGUGCCGGAGUCGGUAGAUGAAAGGGAAGAAAUGGAAAAGCCUAAAGAGCUAAUCAAGUCCUCUUCCCUGCCCUCGGUGCCCUCAGUCAAGAAGCAACCGCGUAAACGUGAAAAGAAGGACCGACCAAAGAAUCAGUGCGUACUUUGCCCAAAUUCACUUCCAGAAACGUUGCUUCGCUACAAGAAUUUUGAACUUCUUGUUGUUGAAGACACCACAGGUCCUGAGACGAAUAGAGUUCAUCGUAUAUGCGCAGAACAAUUUAGCGACCAGCUCAAGAUACUUGGAGGUAAAGUGAAAGGCAUGAAUACGAUAAGCAAAGCUCAGAGAGGACUCAAGUGCCAGGUUUGCCAUCUACCUGCAAAGCCGCAAGACCACAUAAUGGGAGCAUGCUUCCAAUGCUCUCAUGCAAGAUGCACCAAAUCUUUUCACGCAACUUGUGCAAUCUCUGGUGGUGUUUCACUUGAUGUAGCAAGGUGUAAGCAGCACCGAACUGAGACUUCUCCUUACUAUGAAAAGGGCUCACCAGAGCUCCACAAAAAAGUGGAGAGCAUUCGGCCAGAUUCCUUGGUACAAUUUACAUUGACAAACCAUACCCGAAAAAGACACACUGGUGAUGUUCACGCUGGAGUGGUACAGAGCAAUAACCGCAAGGAAGGUACUCUUGAACUUCUUGUCUAUCCUAAUUUGGAAGACAGGCUUGAGCUACAAUACGACGAUAUUCUCCUUGGAAAAAACACUGUGUUGGAUAAUUCCAACUUACUUUCAAUGCCGAAGAAAAGAGGGUCAGUUUCGAAGUCCAAGCCCAUCGCCCGCAAAAGAAUGAGAUCAUCAGACGACACAGAUGAGCUGCUGGCCGGCCCUGUGUCGCCCAUAGAACAUGAGAUGGGACUUUCGCCAAGCUUUGGACAUUACACGCCACCUAUAUUCAAUGCAGUGUAUCAAUCGCUGCCUCAGAAAAGCCCACAAAUCGUGUUCAUCAACCAAACUUCUCAGCACACACACAAUCCUCUAGCCGAACAUCGCGGGUUGAGAUUUGUGGAAGAAACAUUUAAUGACCAUUGA